CUCCCCUCUCUCCCCCCCCCCCCUCCGGUCCAGCCACAGUGAACCUCUUCGGCACCGAUCCCCUUCCUGUCCUAUGUGUCACCCUUGCCGCGCCCGCAGCGCCGGGUCUUGGAUUUUCCCUCGGGUUUCUCGCCAGAGGUCUGCCCAUAGACGUGACGGGUUACGCAGUACCGUCAGGCGUCUAUCGCCACCAGCUCUUCGUAGCCCGUUAGCAUGAGACAGUCUGGUUCCAUGAGGACGGUCUCGCAGAGGAGUGAAAGGGCUCUCGUGCGGCUCCACCGCCGCCACUUCCUCAGUCACUCAGGAUCCGUCUUGCUCGAAUUCGAUCCACGUCCCGAUCCCCAAAUUUGCGCUCAUCAUCAGAGAAAUCCGUCUUGGCGUUAGCGCUGGCCGCGUCUUUGAUGGAUCUCUUUCGUCGGCGUCGAGCAAUAUCUGACGGUCUGGUCGCAGAGAUGCAAAUCUGAUCGUGCCGUCCUCACGUCCCUGGCGGGGAGGGGGGGGAGAAGGUCAGGGGCCCUGGUCGUCGCCCAGCCAGCCCCCCCUGAUGAAACCACGGGCUGAUAUCCUUGUCGCAGAGCCCUCCCACGCCAGAAGCGUGCUCCGUUCUGUUCCCACCGUACCUCCCUACCGUACACCAGACAGACAGACAGGCUGGCCAGCAAACAUUCUAGUGUCUAGGUGAGAAAGGUAUUCUAGAUUCCGGGCACCGUCCAACGUUUCCAAGCUCCCCGACGGGGGAUCUCUUUCCAAACCCUUCCUUACAUAACCCCUGUCGAUUCCCAUUCUAAUGUCGAAAUCGCUCUCUCCGGGACCGUCUCCACCCGUCAUAUUCCCCAUUUUGCAACUCUUCUCUCUCCCUGUGUGUGUCUCUCUCGCUCUCGCUCGCUCUCGCUCUCCUGCGGCGGCUCCUCAUUGGGAGCUCGCCCUCUCUCGAGAGACCGUGUUGUUGCUACCUCACACUACCUGGCCUUACCUGACCUUCACGCACCGUUGCACCAGGCCCCACACGAUUUCUUGUAGGUAACACAUUAUCAGCCUACGGCUCAUUCGGCGCAGAUUCCCACAACCCCCCAUCGGCGCUCGGAUGGGCCCUUCGAGGUUCGACCAGCCAACGCGCCUCCCGUUGUCUUGUUUGUCUUUCGCGGCGGCCCCCGCGGAUCUUGCUCGAGCUGUUGUGUGCCUGUAGUCUUGUGUACCUUUCCUCUCUGCCCGUCCCGUCUGCCCGCUUGCUGCCCGCCCUCUCUUGCUCCCUGUGCGUCUAGUUCGCUCAACCCCAAGUCGGUAGUGGUGAAUAGCAACCGUUCGUCGAGACCAGCCUGUCUGGAGAUCACCUCGGUAUCGGCAUACGCCCGUUCCCGAUAACCUCGAUUUCUCGAACGUCUAGGGUUCUAUUAAUGGAAGCUUCAGGUUGAGUGUAUAGUAUAUCGUGUUCUAUUUUUUAUCGCGGGGAAUGUUUGGCACAAUUCCCCCUCUAUCGAUGCUAGCCCGCGAUGCUAAGAAACCUCGAAACGCGAACAUUAACGGGUUGCUCUAUUAUGUACAUGCCUGCUCUGUCUGUAUGAGGUACAUGCAUUGUACUGGUCGUCGGCAAGGAAGAUCUUAUAGGAUCUCCCCUUGACUCCCUGUCGCCACCGCCAGGGUCAGGCAUCACAAAUCGAUACCCCUUGCUCGCGGCCUGGCCCACAUUAUUUGCAGGCUUACUUCGCUACCGAUUCGGAUGUGAUCCUCCCAGUGCCCUCUGGAAGUAUCUACGUACACAGGCACACACGCGCUCUCUCUCUUUCCCUCAUUCUCUCUCUCUCUCUCGCCGUCUUCCUCUCUCUCUGGUCUUGGGCUCCCUGGCCCCAAGUUCCCUUGAGGCCAUCCCCCGCAGACGUCGAGAGCCACACCCUCCUAGAAGCGUCGAUCUUCCUAUUGGCGUAAACCUCCACUAGUCUCAACAACGGUCAUGCGUUCACUCGCGAAGUCUACGCUGAGCUAAUGUGAUAAAAAGCCAAUUACGAGCUCCCAGACGUCCCAGCCGAGAUGUUCUGUCGUCUUCCCUAUCUUGUCUCUUCUCCGAGAGAGAAGGGGGGGGGGAGCGUGUGGGAGUGAGUGAAGGGG